UUUCUGCAAUUCAGACUUGCCUUGCAGAAAACCAACGGGUUCAUUGAGCGCUCUUCCGUCGCAACUCCCAUUUGAGUGAACAAACAACCUCAAACCGACCCAAUUCGAUACUCGCACCUUUUAGAUUCGUUUACUGCGUCCACUUCAAGGAGGAGGGUGCAUAAUAUUGUACCCAAUUUGAAGUACUACAUUGAAAGAGGUUGAGAGGUUAGGGAAGAAGUUGAUUGAAAUAUGCUUCAGAUCCGUCUUAGCAAGACUCCAGCCUCUGAAGGGUCGGCUGGGGUGAAGCAAUCACCUGUCGAGACUGUUACAGUUGCGUGCCCUGACCAUCUAGUCCUUGCUGAUCUUCCUGUUGCAAAGGGCAUUGGUACAGCUACUUCUGCUUCCCUUGUUAGGACUUUGGGCCGUAGAUCCCGUCGCCAGCUUGGUGAACGAGUGCAUUUCUGUGUUCGCUGUGAUUUCCCGAUUGCUAUUUAUGGAAGGCUGAGCCCUUGUGAGCAUGCUUUCUGUCUCGAUUGUGCUAGAAGUGAUUCAUUGUGCUACCUGUGUGACGAACGUAUCCAGAAGAUUCAGACGAUCAAAAUGAUGGAAGGAAUCCUAAUAUGUGCAGCUCCUCAUUGUCUCAAGACAUUCUUGAAGAAGGCUGAUUUUGAAUCUCAUAUUCAGGACAGCCAUGCCAAUCUUGUUCGCACCAAUGCAGAUAAAGAAGACGGAAAUGAGUCGGAGGCACAAAGUGUUAGGCAACCUACAGCCUCAGAUUCCACUGCUAGAGGCCCUCAAAGACAAGUUUUUUCUCCAGGUCCAAAUUCCCAACAACAUGAUCAGGAAGACAGAACUCGUCGGCAACCAGGAAGAGAUCAAGCUCCUUCAAGGCCAACAAUGCAACAAAAGCCACAAUUUUUCGGUCAACAACAUCACCCUUCAGAUAGCAUGUCUGGUUCUGUUGGAGGCAUACAGCAGGGCUUUCACCAACAAAGUUUUGACAUGCAGCAUCCCCCACAACAAGAACCUUCCCAGUUUUCUGAUAGGCAACAACCGGUUGGUCCAGAUGCCUCAUUUUCCGAGUACCCAACAAUGCACCCUUCACAACCCUCCAAUGUUCCGCCCCACUCAAACCCAAUGCUGAACCCACCCGUGCCAUUUGGUUAUCCUCCUUACCAGCAAGAUCGAGCUCAACCAUUUUAUGCUGCUCCCUAUGAUAUGCCUAGGCAGGAUUCAGCUUCUGAUAUAGGUGGCGACCCGAACUCAUUAAUGGGUUUCCAACAAGGUGGCCCAAAUGCCCAAAAUUUUCAAGGUAACUAUCCCCAGCCCUGGAAUGCCGGGGCUGCCGGUGUUCCUUUUGAACAAUCACAAGGUGGCAGUGGUAUGGUUGUGGAUCCAAGGGAUACCAAAGGUGUAUUGGCACCACAGCCGAUGCCCCUCCCACCACCACCGCCACCUCCAGCACACAUGUCACAUUUGAAACAAAACUACUAUUCCGGUGAUCAUGGAGAUGGCCAGGGUUAUGGUUGGCAGCAUGAUAGCCGCGAUGGCUUUAGUGGCCAAGGCUGAUAAAGGUUUUCAAUAAUUCGUUUCCUGGAUUAUGCUACUCUAUAGAUAGAUGUUCCUUGCCAAGCAUAUGUAUCUUGCAUCUUUGAAACUGCAUUUUCUAUUACAUUUUGGCCUUUUUGUGUUUGUACAUUCUAAUCGAAUUGAGUUUUUCCUUUAUUGUUUACCAAAGGUAAUAGAAUUUUUUGUGUCCCUUAUUUGUUAUUAGAAUCGUGAAAUGGGAAUGGAAUCCAAUGUGUUGGAAAUAAAUGGCUUUUCAAA